GGGACUGAGGAGGUGCAGUGUGGCACAUUCUAGCAGAUUUGUUCCAGCCUGGAAGAAAAUGAAAGACAACAUUCAUCUGAAAACUUUAGAGAAGCAUGUUGAAGACAAUGGGACGUGUGCGAUGAAAAACAAAGGAAUACAAGGUUAUGAAAAUGGUGCUUUUCAAAAUGAAGCUGAUCAAUUUUCCUUGGAGGAAAAGCUAGGAAAGACUACAAGGACCAAGAAGAAAAAGGACAAAGAGAUGGGAGUUGGAUUUUUUCAGCUGUUUCGAUUUGCGACAUGUCGCGAUGUCCUCCUGAUGGUGACUGGCGGGUUCUGUGCUCUGGUGCACGGCGCCGCUUCACCCCUUAUGCUUCUGGUGUACGGGAUGAUGACGGACACAUUUGUGGCCUAUGAACUGGAGCAACAAGAACUGAAGGAUACCAGUAAAAUAUGCAAGAACGGGACGAUCAGUUGGGGGAAUGGCUCCGUCUAUGAAACAUCAGAAAAUUCUACAGUUGUGUGCGGGGUGAACAUUGAAGAGCAAAUGACAAUGUUUGCACUCUACUAUGUUGGAAUCGGUCUGGGAGUUCUCUGCGUCAGCUACUGUCAGAUUGCUUUUUGGGUGUCAGCAGCAGCUCACCAAGUCCAGCAGAUAAGAAAGACAUAUUUUCGAAAAGUCAUGAGGAUGGAGAUUGGAUGGUUUGAUUGCAAUUCAGUUGGAGAGUUGAAUACAAGGAUUUCAGAUGACAUAAAUAAAAUCAAUAAUGCGAUCGCUGACCAGGUGUCAAUCUUCAUUGAGCGGUUAUCCACCUUUUGUUUUGGAUUCAUGGUGGGAUUUAUGGGAAGUUGGAAGCUGACCCUUGUGGUCAUAGCAGUGAGCCCACUGAUUGGCUUAGGAGCUGGCUUGAUGGCAAUGUUUGUUGCAAAGCUUACUGGACAGGAGCUGAAGGCAUACGCCCAGGCUGGAGCUGUUGCAGAUGAGGUGCUUUCUGCUAUCAGGACAGUGGCUGCCUUUGGCGGUGAAAAGAAGGAAGUGGAGAGAUACGACCAAAAUCUGGUUGAAGCUCAGAACUGGGGCAUUAGGAAAGGAGCCAUCAUGGGCCUUUUCCAAGGAUACCUCUGGUGCAUCAUUUUCCUAUGUUAUGCCCUAGCGUUUUGGUACGGAUCAAAACUGGUUAUUGAAGACAGAGAGCUGUCUGCAGGCGGCCUCAUCCAGGUCUUUUUUGGAGUGCUCUUUGCAGCUAUGAAUCUUGGCCAAGCAUCUCCCUGCUUAGAGGCCUUUGCAUCAGGCCGUGGUGCAGCUACACUCAUCUUUGAGACCAUUGACAGGCAACCGGAAAUUGACUGUUUGUCAGAAGAAGGAUACAAGCUGGACAAAGUAAAGGGGGAUAUUGAAUUUCAUAACAUCACCUUUAAUUAUCCAUCCAGACCAGAAGUUAAGAUUUUAGAUCAGAUAAACAUGAUGAUUGAAACUGGGAAGACAACUGCCUUUGUUGGACCUAGUGGGACUGGAAAAAGCACAGCUCUGCAGCUCAUUCAGAGGUUCUACAACCCUCAGGAAGGCAUGGUCACGCUAGAUGGCCAUGACAUCCGAGGGUUGAAUAUUCGGUGGCUGCGAUCGCUGAUUGGCAUUGUUGAGCAGGAGCCUGUUUUGUUUGCAACUACAAUCGCUGAAAAUAUUCAAUAUGGCAGAGAGGAUGCAACAAUGGAGGAGAUCAUACAGGCAGCAAAGGAGGCCAACGCAUACAAUUUCAUCAUGGACUUGCCUGAGAAAUUUGAUACCUUAGUGGGGAAAGGUGGAAGUCAGAUGAGUGGUGGGCAAAAACAGCGGAUUGCCAUUGCUCGAGCUCUCCUCAGAAAUCCCAGGAUCCUACUGCUGGAUAUGGCCACUUCUGCAUUAGAUAACAAGAGUGAGGCCCUCGUUCAGGAAGCGCUUAAUAAGGUUCGUUCUGGCAGAACCACAAUAUCGAUAGCCCACCGUCUUUCCACAAUCAGAAAUGCUGAUGUCAUUAUUGGUUUUGAUCAUGGACAAGCUGUAGAACGAGGGACGCAUGACCAGCUCUUAAAAAGGAAAGGAGUUUAUUUCACUCUGGUGACAUUACAGAAUGAAGGUGGCACCGCCAUUGUGGACAAAACCAGCCAAAAGGCAGACAAGGAACAUUUUGUGGAUUUGGCAAGAGACCAAAGCAGGAGAUUUAGUAAAGGAAGUUACACAGCCAGCUUGCGGAAUUCCAUUCGAGCACGCUCUAGAUCACAGCUUUCAAACAUAUUUCCUGCUACCAUUUCUGGGAAUGCUGACGCCAGUUUUUUUGAUAACACAGUGAGCAGUGAACAGACAGAGAAGAAAAUCGAGAACUCAGCAGAUGAAGAAAAAGAACAUCCUGCCUCGGUGAUCCGCAUUUUGAAAUACAAUUCACCCGAGUGGCUGUACAUGUUAUUUGGAACGUUGGCAGCAGCAGCAAAUGGUGCCAUCAACCCAGUUUAUGCUAUUUUAUUUAGUCAGAUCCUUGGGACAUUUUCAAUCCCGAAUCUGGAUGAGCAAACAAGGCAGAUCAAUGGAAUUUGUGUCCUUUUUACCAUAGUUGCUGGAAUGUCCUUUGUCACACAGUUUGCGCAGGGUUACACCUUUGGAAAGUCUGGUGAGCUGCUUACUCGAAGGCUCCGGAAGAUGGGAUUUCAGGCAAUGUUGAACCAGGAAGUGAGCUGGUUUGAUGACUCCAAAAACUGCCCAGGAGCUUUGACUACCAGACUUGCCACAGAUGCCUCUCAGGUCCAAGGGGCCACUGGCACACAGAUCGGAAUGAUUGUAAAUUCAUUGACAAACGUUGGAGCCUCCAUAAUAAUUGCCUUUUACUUCAGCUGGAAGUUAAGUUUACUGGUGCUCUGCUUCUUGCCCCUCAUUGGGUUAUCUGGGGCUUUCCAAGCCAAAAUGCUGACAGGUUUUGCAAACCAAGAUAAGGAAGCUAUGGAAGCUGCAGGACAGGUGUCAAGUGAAGCACUAAACAAUAUUCGGACCAUCGCUGGACUGGCUAAGGAGGACUGUUUUGUGCAACUUUAUGAGCAGCAGUUAGAGCUGCCGUACAAAGCAGCAACAAAGAAGGCCAAGGUGUACGGCAUCUUCUUUGCAUUUGCAAAAUGUGUCAUCUUUAUGGCCUAUGCAGCUUCCUUCAGAUUAGGAGGAUUUCUGGUCAGCAGUGAGGGAAUUCAUUAUUCAGUGGUUUUCAGAGUCAUUUCUGCAAUUGUUAUCAGUGGGACUGCUUUGGGAAAGGCCUCCUCAUUCACUCCAGACUACGCCAAGGCUAAAGUUGCUGCUGCCCAGUUAUUUAAAUUGUUUGACAGGAUCCCCAAAAUAAGCCUGCAAAGUGAUCAAGGUGAAGUCUGGGACUCCUUCAGAGGGGAGCUUGAGUUUAUCAACUGUAAAUUCACUUAUCCCACUCGGCCUGAUGUCCAGAUUUUGAGAGGACUUCAGAUCUCAGUCAAGCCAGGACAAACCCUAGCAUUUGUAGGAAGCAGUGGAUGUGGAAAAAGUACAAGCAUUCAGCUGCUGGAACGAUUCUACGACCCUGAGGAAGGACAAGUUUUAAUAGAUGGCUACUCAUCCAAGGACAUCAACGUUUCCUUCCUGAGGUCUAAAAUUGGAAUCGUUUCCCAAGAGCCAGUGCUGUUUGACUCCAGCAUUGCUGAAAACAUCAAAUACGGAGACAACACCAGGGACGUGAGCAUGAAGGAGGUGGUGGAUGCUGCCAAAAAGGCUUACCUUCAUGACUUUGUCAUGGCUUUACCAAAUAAAUAUGAAACAUAUGUGGGUGCCCAAGGUUCUCAGCUGUCCAGAGGAGAGAAGCAACGGAUUGCUAUUGCCAGAGCGAUUGUACGGAAUCCAAAGAUUCUUUUAUUGGAUGAAGCAACUUCAGCAUUAGAUACGGAAAGUGAAAAGAUCGUGCAGGCAGCCUUAGAUGAAGCCCGACAAGGACGGACGUGCAUUGUGAUUGCUCACCAGCUCUCCACCAUUCAGAACGCUGACGUUAUAGCGGUUAUGUCUCAAGGUGUGAUUAUUGAAAAGGGAACACACGAGGAGCUCAUGGGGCGCCGAGGUGCCUACUACAAUCUCGUCACCAGUGGGGCGCCGCUGAGCUGAACAUUUAGCAAGACUGAGCGGACUUCACAAUUUGUGUGUUUCAUUCGCCACUUUGAAUUUCUUGUUUAAAAUAGUUUUACAGUUUGGACAUUGUUGUUUUGCAACAUGAUAAUGAUUUGCUGUGUUUUUCUAUGGUUGAUCUAUGGCCAGGGUGGGCAAAGUCAGUUCUGGAGGGUCACAUUGGCUGCAGGUUUUUGUUCCAACAUGUUGCUUAAUUGGAAAACACUCCUUGCCGAUAGUUUAAUUUUGUAGCUUGUUAGUGCUUUAACUCUGCCAUGUCAGGUCGUUCUCAUCUCCUAGAUUUUUUUCCUUUCUAAGGAUAUCAUUUGAAGUCUAAAAUGGAUGAGUAA